GCGGCUGCACUUAAAGAAAUGAUGCACUGUCGUUUGAAAAUAGGAGACAUCUUUUUUUUUUGCGUGCAUAAAUCCGGUCCGUGCUGCACACUGCUUUUGGACCUAGCAUGCAUACUGGAAUGCGCCAAGAGGAACUCCUCGUUUGAAUGAAACACGGGACAGCAUGCGGCGACGCAGUUAAGAGGAUAAAUGGCAGCAUAGUCAAAUGACUUGCUUGAACAUUGAGCAAUGCUCUGCGACUUUUCCACCGUUGGAGCACUUAUUCCAUCCAUAUCAUCGACUUCAGAAUGAAGACAAACGAACCGUAGAGCUCGGCGGACACGUGGGCUUCGACAGUCUUCCAGAUCAGUUGGUCAGCAAAACAGUCACACAGGGCUUCAGCUUCAACAUCCUCUGCAUAGGCGAGACAGGGAUAGGUAAAUCCACCUUAAUAAACACACUUUUCAAUACACGGUUUGAAAAUGAAGAGGCCAGCCACUAUGAGAAAGACGUGCUUCUACGACCACACACAUACGACCUACAGGAGAGCAACGUCAACCUCAAGCUGACCAUCGUGCACACUGUUGGCUUUGGUGACCAGAUCAACAAAGAAGAAAGCUAUAAACCCAUUGUCGAGUAUAUUGACACUCAGUAUGAAACAUACCUCGAAGAGGAGCUAAAAAUAAAACGUUCCCUGUGUAAUUUCCAUGACACGAGAAUCCACAUCUGCCUAUAUUUCAUUGCUCCCAACGGCCACUCCCUCAAAUCUCUGGAUCUCGUCACCAUGAAGAAGCUCGACAGCAAGGUGAACAUCAUCCCUGUCAUUGCAAAGGCAGACACCGUGUCAAGGAGUGAACUGGACAGGUUAAAAAUCAAGAUCAUGAGCGAACUGGUCAGCAAUGGAGUGCAGAUAUACCAGUUUCCGACUGAGGAUGAGGCUGUGGCCGAAAUCAACUCUUCCAUGAAUACUCACCUGCCAUUUGCUGUUGUAGGCAGUGUGGAAGAUGUCAAAGUAGGCAAUAAAAUGGUCAAAGCAAGACUUUACCCCUGGGGAUCAGUACAGGUGGAGAAUGAGAACCACUGUGAUUUUGUAAAACUGAGGGAGAUGCUGCUGCGCGUGAACAUGGAGGAUCUACGUGAGCAAACGCACACUCGCCACUAUGAGCUGUACCGCCGUUGCAAGCUGGAGGAGAUGGGCUUCAAGGACGCAGACCCCAACAGCCAGUCGUUCAGCCUGCAGGACACAUAUGAAGCCAAGAGAAAGGAGUUCCUGAGAGAACUGCAACACCAGGAGGAAGGAAUGAGGCAGAUGUUUGUCAACAAAGUAAAAGAGACCGAAGCAGAGCUGAAAGAAAAAGAAAAAGAGCUCCACGAGAGGUUUGAGCAGCUCAAACGACUGCACCACGAAGAAAAGAAGAACCUGGAGGAGAAACGACGAGAGCUGGAGGAAGAGAUGAAUGCUUUCAACAGGAGGAGGGUUGCUGCAGAGACACUGAUGGGCCAAGCUCUCCAAGGUGCAUCUCAACCUCUCAAGAAGGACAAGGACAAGAAAAACUUCUUUAGUCUUCCCUCUGCGUGUUCCUUAACCUCAUCCAGGAAUUUGAAUUAGAGGACUUUCUACUAACUACGCCGACGUGAAGUGACAGAUGGACAAGCAAGUGUAUUAUUUUUGACACUUGAAUGAGCACUUUUAAGAGAAAUGCACUUAAAUCGCCGAGAAUGGAUUGCCAAGAGUCUUCCUCGUGUGUUCUACCCUCUGCAAUGUAACGUGGAAUGUGCAUGAAAAUAACCAUCUCCCCAAGAAUGAAACAUACUUCUAUGGAAAAGUACUGUUUUUUAAUGUGCCCUUCAUUCUUUUGCAAUGUACUUUUGACUAAUAUCACUGUGAAAUAAUACAUAAUACUCUAUGUACCAUCAAAUCACAUGGAAUUGUUGGUCACGGUUAUAUACCUUUUUUAAUAAAAUGUAAAUUAAAUAAUAUGCAGAGACUAUAAUAGGCUUUCAUUAGCAUAAUCAGCACCUUGUACGGUUAACAGUUAUUACUCGAAAUGUGUAUGUUUCACUUUUAUGACCGAAUGUGAUUCAAUAAAACAGCUCUGCCAUCAAUUCUGCAUAGAAAUAUGACUGUUGAAUUACUGUUAAACAUUAGACAUAGAGAUCAACAUCAUCAUCAUCAGUAAAUAUGAAUAUGAAUAAAUACAGGCAAAAUUGUAACUUUUAUGAUGAGCCAGUGUAUAUUUAACUGUUUUAGAGGAUUACUUCUAAGGAUGUUGCUCAUGAAUGUUUUAUAAUUUUACUGCGCUUGUGUAUAGUCGAGUAAUUUGCACACGAACACACACACAUAUACACACACACACACACACACGAUCUAUAUAUGUAAGAUCAAAUGUUCGAUCUGUGUUGGUGAUCUUAUGUAAUAAAGACUAACUUUACUGAAAUGUA